AUGCCUUCUUUCAACCAAUUCUUUGCCGCUCUUUUGCUUUGUGCUGUCCGGAACAGCACUGCGGCUCCUGCUUGCAAGCCGCGUCCCAAGGAUGUCACGUCAAAGUCUGCUGGUUUCGGACCUGGCGAGUUCUUUGAGUGGCCUGUUGCUACUGCCGAUCCCGACACGUUCAUUCGAGAGCCGGUAGCUACUGCCAGCUUUGUUGAGGAGCCCGUGGCUACUACUGAUGCCAGCACUUUUGUUCCCAUUCCUGUGGUCUCCACUGAUCCAAGCACAUUGGCCCCGGAGCCUGUAGCCUCUGAGGCGCCAACCACUCCGUCCUCAAAGCCCGAGGCGACCGCGAAUCCGAGUAUUUCUAGCACCAAGCCAGCUGCUACUGGAGGUUCGGGGGAUAGCAACAACAGUUCGGAGCCAGCCACGUUUGAGGCCAACCCCAACGUCGGAAGUGGAGGAAGUGACUUCCAGGACUCUGCUCGCUUCCGUAUCUAUGGAGCAAGCUCUUCUGAAGCUGAGGAGGCCCUAGCCAUGCUCGAGGGUGCUUACGACUGCUUCAUCGGCAAGCUUGGCUGGAGAUCAUCUGGUCUAACCUUUUACGACAACGACGAUACUUACUACAAGACCAACUUUUACACCGUCAACUCUCUGGACGGUGGGGCCGCGGGACUUCAGCACUCUGAUAUGGAAGCUGGAUUCGGCUAUGUUGAGGUCCUCCAAGAAUAUCUCACGAACCCUCAAAUCACAGUCCAUGAAUACGGUCACGUCGUCCACUUUCACCAACGAACGUGGGUUAACCAGGCCAACACGGGGGCUUGGUGGGAAACCGUCGCAAACUGGUUCUCGGACACGUACAAGACAUCUGAUAUCUGUGCCGAGGCCCGAGAGAAACACGGUCAAUCUACUUCACCUACGGAAAUCGACUUGCAAAAGGUCAUUGGGGAUUCGUUUCAGGUUAUCGUCGAUGGGUCUACGGAUAGUGGGAACUAUUACCAGGCCUGGCCGUUCCUAACAUACCUAACCUCUAACCCCGACAAUUUUGCUGGUCUCGGACAAGAUGUGAUUCGUCAGCUCAUGAUUCAAUAUCCUGAGGACAGCAACGAAACGCCACUUCACACACUCUCUCGCGUCUCCGAGAAUGCGACUGUUGCUGAGAUCGUUGGCCGUUAUUGGGCGCACAUGGCUUACCUCGAUAUCGGCCACCCAUCCGCAAAGGAAGCCUUUCUCAGCCAGCAAGACUCUCUCAACUUUGACAACCUCGAAUCCCAAGGAAGUGGCUCUUACAAGGUCAAGGCUGACCGUCAGCCGCGCUACAUGGGGUCCAACAUUAUUCCCCUCACGGCAUCCGGGGAUGGAAAGGUGGAAGUCAAGGUUGAGUGUGACGCCACCUUUACUGGAACUCUGGCUAUCCACGAGACGUCCUCUGGAAAGGUCCGCUACGUUUCGCUUGUUGAUGGCGCGGCCUCGACGUCGGUUGCUUCGGGCGAAGAGGCUAGUCUCGUGGUCGCCAACACUCCCGCGGAACUCAUCAGCUACGAUGGAUUUAAACUUUCUGACGAAGUGCAGAAGGGGCUGGACUAUACCAUCACAGUCAUCGGUGCUACGGCCGGGGGAGCCUAG